AUGGCGCCCAAGCGCGCGGCCGGCGGCGACGCCACCGGCGCGCAGCCCAAGCGCAAGAAGGAGAGCAAGGCGAUGGAGGCGCCUGUGCGCCAGCCUGGCGGCCUCCUCUACUUCUUGAUCAAGCGGCAGGUUGAUGUCCUGGCUGUGUCGGACUUUGAUCAGGCACCCAACAACACCCUGCCCAUCACCGGCCUACACCACUACGGCGCCAAGAAAGUCAUAGAGACGAUGCAGGUCGGCGACGAGGUGCUGUUCUGGCAGUCGGGCAAGGCAAGCGCCGCGGGCGUGUAUGCGCUCUAUUCUGUAGCCAGGGCCGCAUACCCCGACCCAGAGGACGAGAAGAACAAGGGCUUCCUGGCCUUUGACCUGAAGCUGGAAGAGCACUUUGACAAGCCCGUGCUGCUGUCAGAGCUGAAGGAGCACAAGGACGACGAGCUGGAGGGCUGCUCCCUCUUCAGCAACAACGCGCUGCCAGCCCACUGGAUGUCAGAGGAGCACUUCGAGUGGAUCUAUCAGCAGAGCGGCAACCUCGAUGCCGCCGAAGGAGCAGGAGAGGCACCGAGCUGA